AUGAGAAUCUCUUUAGCCGCAUCCCCAGACAAUCCAAGGCAGCAACUCCCUAAGACGCCGAACUUAGCAUCACAUCCCAAGACGAAGCCGGAUGUUGCUGAGGAUGCCGAAGGCCAUCAACCACCAAGCGUGACAGAGUUAGACAUGAGAGAAAACCAAUCCCCGGACUUAGCUGCCAUGAUAUAUAACGAAUUUGGAGAUAAGUGGCCGUCUGAAUCCAACGCACGGCCAACCAAAUGGAAUUUUGAGCCGACGUCAUCUACACAUGAUGCCACGAACCUUGACAGCCAACGGCCAGAGGGAGAGCUUGUUGGAUUAACCGGCUUUCAAUUCUCAGAUAUCUCGGAUUUUAACUUUUCUUUCGAGUCAUUCUUUGACAAAGACAUUGAAUUUCCAAGCUGGCCAGAUUCCACAUUCUCAAUGAACGGGCUAGAGUACCAGCUUGACGAUAUCGGGGAGGGCAGUCGCCGGAGACAGCCGAUGGAAGAACCAGCACCAUACGGAAAGAAGCGCGUCAAAGUAACAGACUCCCCACUGCAGCUAGAGGAAAUCUCCCGGCCACAUGUCAAUCAGGACACUGCUUAUCUAACUCAUUUUGAGCGGUGGAUUGCCAGCUGUGGCUACUCUCUCAAAGAGGAUGGUAAAGGAAACUACCUGAGAUUUGUUCUAGACUACGUUCAGAGUAAUCACUGUAGUCCCGAUUCUCCAUUCCGGUGUGCAGUCCUAGCUUGGGCCGCAAAGCACUUAGCAGCAACUUCUAUAUCCCACGACGAAUCAUGGAAGAUUUACUAUGCUCAGGCGGCUCAAGGUCUUGAGCGUUUGUCAUGCUGCGGUGACUCAAAUGAUCACUUCUUGGAGCCCAACUCAGCUGCACCGACCGGCCAAUAUGUCAUUUCUUCAAAGGCCGAAAUCACAAUCUCGUCUGUGUUGUUUCUCUGCAGAUGCGACGUUUUAAACGGCGACGCUACGUCCAUCCUCAGCCGGUUGGACAAUCUAAAAGAGCAUCUAGCCUGCCAUCUAGAUGAUACAUCUCUUUCGGCUUUGGCAUGCAAAUUUCUCUUAUGGUUAUGCUACAUCGAUGUCCGCCUAAGGAUAUUCUCCUCACCAUUGUCAUCCAGCAAGAGUGGAGAAAACAUCGCCAUGACUACGCUGCUCGACGCACUUAUACGCCAUCCCAGUUACAAACGCAUUCUAUCGCAUUCGCAUUCAUACCUGUCAGAAAUCUUUGGCCAAACGUAUCCUGCCGACGAGCUAGUUCAAGACGAGAAGAAAGUGCCUGUAUCGGUUCGAACGCAUGAAACAUUUUGCCUCAUAUCUAAUAUGCUUCAGUAUCGCUCGUGGAAACAUGUAUUGGAUCAAAACUCCAAUCUCCUGGAACAUUGUGAGCUCGCGGAAGCCAAGGAGACCGCUAUAAAUCUCGAUAUACGGCGCAUGGAUACAGAAUUUGACCUUGCAAUAGCGACAAAUCCUGCGGCGAAUGCACUCCGCCACGUUGUCACACACUUGGGGAAAAGCGGUGGCAACAGAGGUUCCAGUAAUCGCAGUGCCAACGGUAGCCUAUCUCCGCAUUUACCUCUGCCCGCAAAUACAUCACGGGACAUUGAUCGGGCAUCAUUGCAGUGGUUAUCUUGCUAUGCGGCAUUUCUAUCUGCCAAAGUUUUAUGGUCACGAUUUUUGUACCCAGAUAUCCGCAGUGAUUCGACCGCAGCAAUGGCAACCAGCGGUAUACUGAAAAUCGCUUUACAACUUCGACAGAUACACCGCAAGAGCAGGUUGGCGUCUCUAAUGAAGGUGCCUCGCUCAAUGCUAUGGCCUCUGCCAAUCUUUAUUGCAGGAAUUGAAACAACGGACGAGAUUUAUGCGGACUGGAUUUCGGAAUUUAUGAAUGAAAUGGCAUCAGCUAUGAACGGCUCUACAAAAGGGCGUAGCCAUGGCACCGGAGAGUACAUGGAUGCUUCGAUUGGCGAUAAGAGAGGGAGUUUGGCUGACCACAGGCUUAUCCUAAUACUAAUGAUGCGUGUACGAGAGAAACAAGAUCUGCUGGGUCGCCGUAUGGAUGUCCAGGGUGUCAUGAGGGAGAUGGAUGGUACGAAUGAUAUAUUCUUGCUAUGA